AUGUCCCAAAAUAAUAAUAAGCAGGCUCUUAACGUUAAAGAUGCUUUGUCAUAUCUCGAUCAGGUGAAGCGAGUAUCAUCUCUUUUCAAAGGGCAUCCUGCUUUGAUACAAGGAUUCAAUACAUUUUUACCUCCCGGGUAUCAUAUUGAGUGCUCAACCAAUCCUCACGAUCCUGAUUCCAUCCGUGUUACGACACCUAGCGGGACUACAACAACCUCAAUUGGUCCUAUGGAUCCACACCACGGACCGACACUUUCUACUGUAUCCAACAUUACGAGUUCAGGAUAUUAUUCAAAUGCUAGUUACCCACACCCUCCACCUCAUUCUUUAAUGCCAACGUUGCAACCACAUCCUCCGGGUUCUUCUAUGCCAACACAAACAGUUUCGUAUCGUAUUGGUUCUCCUCAGCAAUCUGUAGGACAAUCGGUGGCUCAACAAACUAUUGCACAGGCAGUGCAGUCUGUGGGACUUGGUGUUGCUGAAAAUACUUCUCCUCAGCAGCAAGGUAAAAAGGCACCUGUCGAAUUCAAUCAUGCUAUCAACUAUGUGAAUAAGAUUAAAUUGAUUGAUAGUGAGAAAUUCAAUAUCGUAAUUUAUCGUAUCGCAAUUAAUUCAUAUGAGACCGAUGAUGAAAAUUUUUUUACGUUUAAGAAUCGUUUUUCGACAGAGCCAGACACUUAUAAACAGUUCCUAGAAAUCUUACAAACGUACCAAAAGGAACAAAAGCCAAUCCAGGAGGUUUAUUCCCAAGUACAAAUACUUUUUAAAAAUGCGCCAGAUCUCCUGGACGAAUUCAAACAGUUUCUACCUGAUACAUCCGGCAAUGUAGCGUCAGGUGGUUUAUUUGGACCCAUUCCUCAAAACCAUGGUACGCCAAAACAGUCACAUUUAUUACCUGCCAUUUCAGCGAUUGCUAAUAGUGGCUCCGCCACUAGAUUGCCAUCUGUCGGUAAUUUUUCGUCACAAUCAUCUGUUAAUUUAUCAGUGAACGAUACAUUCAAGAAGGGUUCGGGCAUCGGAUCGACGAACAAUGGUUUGGGGUCUGUGGUUGGUCCAAAUUCUACUGGUUCCUCAAGCGUAAACAAGAAAAAAAGGUCUGGACUUCCUAACUCGGAUCGAAGUCCUAGUUUAAUAUCCAGCAAGGUUCAUGCAAGCUCAUCAUCAUCAAUACCAGUUAAACUUGAGUCACAGAAAGCAAUGGAGCCACAACCUCUAGCAUCCACAGAAGAAUUAGAAUUCUUUGAAAAAGCCAAGAGUCAAGAAAUUUUGGAUGGCCAAUCUUUGCUCAAGUAUAUGGCACCUUUUUUGGGGGGGACGAAUUCCGAAUUAUAUGCUUGGUUAAAACAGUUCCUUAAGUUAAACGAAAGAGACGAGAUUGUUCAAAAUACCGCUAACUCUAGGCCGCGUGUUGAUUUGGAAGGAUGUAUUUCAUACGGACCAAGUUACCGGCAGUUACCUGAAUCAGAGGCCAACAUGCCUUGUUCUGGUAGAGAUGAAUUGUGUUAUGAAGUACUAAAUGACAAAUGGGUAUCGCAUCCCACGUGGGCCAGCGAAGAGGCCGGAUUCGUAUCACAUAAGAAGAAUCAAUUCGAAGAAGCUUUGCAUAAAUGUGAAGAGGAAAGGUCUAUAUAUUUAUACGAUAUGUUUAUUGAAGCCAAUCUUCAUACAAUUCAUCUGUUGGAACCAAUCGAAAAGAAGAUUAAUACCAAAUUGACACCUGAAGAAAAGGCUAAAUUUAAACUUGAACCUGGUCUAGGAGGACAAUCAAUGAUAUAUCAACGUAUUAUAAAGAAGGUAUAUGACGUUGAAAAAGGACUUGAAGUCAUUGACGCUUUACAUAAUAAUCCAUGCACUGCCGUUCCGGUAGUACUCAAAAGACUUCGACAAAAAGAUGAAGAAUGGAAACGAGCAAGGAUUGAUGCCAAGAAUUAUUACAAGUCCCUGGAUCAUCAAGGAAUAACAUUCAAGAAUGAUGAUAAAAAAGCCUUAACACCUAAAUAUUUAGUUGCUGAAAUUGAAAAUCUUCGCCGUGAGCCUUCUGACGAAGGUGAGCCUGCUGAAUAUCAAUUCAAAUUCAUUUUUAAGGAUUUAGAAGUCUUCAAGGAUGUGGCUCGUAUUCUUUUUGGUUAUAUGGAUCGAUCAUUAACGGUUGCACCAAGCGACCGUGAAAAGAUUGAACGUUUUUUUAAGACAUUUGUACCAAGCUUUUUUGAACUUCCACCAAACAUGUUCGAUGGCUUAAAUCACGAAGAUUCUGCUAUGUUAGUUGAUAAUGAGGAAACUUCGACCAACAUAUCGACUGACAAUAUUGAUGGAGAGCCUUUAAAUGCGGAACCAAUAAGUGGAAUGUGGAUUCAGGUUUCAAAAGAAUCUCGUGAGAAUAUUCGAGCCGUUGUCGCUAAUGCCGGCAAUGCGAAACAAAAAAAAAACGCACAAGAGAUAUCAUCAUCGACGUCUCAAGUUAGGGGGCCAAGUUCUGUAGCUACUGAAUUAGGUCUCCUGCCCGAUCGCAUUGAUCCGGAUGUUGACGUGGAUUUUACCAAAGGUGACCCAUAUGCAGUUAUGCUAGAAUUAAUUGAAAAACAAUUCGAUGGAGAUAUGGAAUUACCAGUUUUUGAGGAAUGCCUUCGAUAUAUAUAUGGCACAAAAGCAUACAUAAUGUUUACUGUGGAUAAACUGGUCCAAAAUAUGACUAAACAAAAUAAUAAAAAACGACACGACCAAUCAAGCGUGCGAUCACAUAUAAUGUAUCAAUUACACGCUAAUAGUACUAUUGGAUAUGAUGAACCAACAUAUCGAAUGGAUUAUGUGACGAUAUUGCUCAACGUAAAAAAAAUUGGCGACGUUGGAUAG